AGGACGAAGAAGAAGAAAAAGUAGGAGGACGAAGAAGAAGAAAAAGUAGGAGGACGAAGAAGAAGAAAAAGUAGGCGGACGAAGAAGAAGAAUGAUGUAAACAAACCGAAAGCAGCUAAUGUCAAAGCAGUCGUGCUGCUUAUUCUCUCACAGGUAGACGGCGAGUGGACGAGUCAAGCCUACACGUGGGCUGUGUUGUAGACUAUGAGUGUGGGUGAUGGAGGACAAUCCAUGUGGGGACUUGGACUACCUGAUCCAAGAUGAGGACACACUCAUCGAAGGUGUCAGCAACCAGGUCUUAUUUGUCGUGGUGCUCAGCAUCGCCUUCCUUGCAGGCCUCCUCACUCUGCUCUGCAGACAAGAGCAGCUGAACAUCCAUCCUGAGAACCAAGAGCACGUCCGAGCUGUUCGACAACAACUCCAAACAGAGCAGGAUGAGAAUCCUCAGGGGGAGGCCAGGCAGCAGUAUUACACAGACAUGUCUUGUCCUGUGUGUUUACAGCAGGCUGUUCUGCCUGUGGAAACCAACUGUGGACACCUUUUCUGUGGUUCCUGCAUUAUAGCAUACUGGAGGUAUGGCACCUGGCUGGGAGCUAUUAACUGCCCAAUCUGCAGACAAAUGGUAACAUUGCUCUUCCCAUUAUUUCACGAGCACGCUUCUCCUCAGAGGGUCCAGGAUGGUGAUGCAGAGCCUCAGCUUAUAUUACAAGACAUCAACGAUUACAACCGCAGGUUCUCGGGCCAGCCAAGAUCAUUUAUGGACAGGCUGCGAGAUGUUCCCACCCUGCUGCGUCACGCCUUUAGGGAGAUGUUUUCUGUGGGCGGCCUCUUCUGGAUGUUCAGGAUUCGAAUUCUCCUCUGCCUAGUUGGUGCACUAACAUACCUGGCCUCGCCGCUCGACAUCCUCCCUGAGGCGCUCUUCGGUCUCCUGGGAUUCAUGGAUGAUUUCUUUGUAAUCCUGUUGCUCUUUGUGUACAUCUCUAUCAUGUACAGAGAGGUGGUAACACAGAGACUGAACGGCUAGGCGAUCACUCGAAAAGAGAGGCUUUUGCUUUCUCACAUCAAGAGGAGAACUUUGAAAACUGAGGAGGAUGUGGUGGAAGACUGAAUAAAUGUUUAAGGGACCUGUUCAUAAAUAAUGGUGGUUCUCUCUGAAGGGUUCACUUUAAAGCCCCGAAUGUGACUUCAUCAGUUGAAAGGAGCUGGAUAAGGACGGAGCUCUGAAUGUUGACUCUGUAUGUAGACUUCCUUGUUAAUGGUUCAUAGGUUACAUGUGGUCAAAGUUGACACCAAAACAACAAAAAGAGGGUUGUGGAAGGAUGUGAUUAUGUAGAAAUCUACCUUGAACCACUGCAGUAAGUCGAGGACGACCCUCAUUGAAUAACUAGCAUGACAACCGGCCAAUUAUUGACAGCGUUGCCAAAAACAUUCGUUUUUUUGUUUUUUUUUAUAAAUGGAGACUAUAUUGUAAUAUAAUGUGAUCUUGAAUGUUCUGUCUUAAUUAUAUGCAUUAAAGUCGGUUGCCUGCUACGUCCAUGUCCCAGAUGCAGUUAUACAAGGCCUAUAUUAGUGUGGCUGUACAACUUGUUUGGUCAGUUACACUGAAGAUGCACUUAUGGAAAAAAUGAACGGUGACUUUACACAUACACGAUGACAUUAAAAAUACUGCUUCUCUU